AUGUUGUCCAAUGAAAACAAGAGCCUGCUCUUUCUGCAGAUGCGAGUGAAGGUUCUUGCUCGUUUGGUGACUCUUUUGGAUCCAUCCUUGAAGAUUGAAAUCUUGGCCCACUUUCUGAGUGAUCCACGGGGACGCUUGGAUCUGGCACUGGCAUGGCUUUACCAGGAAUACUGUGAAUAUCAAUCUGGGGCUGGAGAAGAGAGCUACCAGGAGUGUCUGAUUGGAAUCCUCACUGGUCUGCAGGAGCGUCCUGACCAGAGAGAUGGCGUGUUCACUAAGGUUGUCCUAGAAGCUCCUCUGCUGACAGAUUCUGCACUGGAUGUCAUCCGAAAGUAUUGUGAAGAUGAGGGCCGUAGUUAUCUGGGAAUGUCAACAUUGAGAGAUCUCAUUCUAACUCGCCCUGCUCGGCAGUUCCAGUACCUGCAUCUUCUUCUGGACCUGAGCUCCAAUGAGAAGGACAAGGUCCGUCAACAGGCUCUCAACCUGAUUAAGAGAAUGUAUGAGAAGGAGGCCCUUCAUCAAUAUAUUGAGAAAUUUGCCUUGAAUUACCUGCAGCUUCUGGCUCACCCCAAUCCUCCUUCAGUCCUUUUUGGUGCAGAUAAAGACACAGAGGUAGCGGCUCCCUGGACAGAAGACACCGUAAAGCAUUGUUUAUAUCUGUAUCUGGCUCUGCUCCCCCAGAAUCACAAGCUCAUCCAUGAGCUGGCCUCUGUCUACACUGAAGCCACAGCAGACAUCAAGAGGACUGUCCUGAGGAUAAUCGAAACACCGAUUCGGGGCAUGGGGAUGAACUCUCCUGAGCUGCUACUAUUGGUUGAGAACUGCCCCAAAGGGGCUGAAACUCUGGUCACUCGCUGCCUGCACAUCCUGACUGAUAAAGUGCCGCCAUCUCCGGAACUGGUGAAACGUGUCCGCGAGCUCUAUCAGAAGCGUCUCCCGGAUGUCCGGUUCCUGAUUCCAGUGCUGAAUGGUCUAGAUAAG